GGAAACGGGGGCGUCUUUUCCAUUGUAUAAAUAUCAGUGGCAGGUUCUUUCCGCAACACGAAGAGCAGUUGGCCAAGUUGGAAUCCAGAAUGAAAGUCCUCCUCAGUCUUCUCGCCUUGUCCCUCUCGCUGGCUUUGUGCAGUGGCGCUUGUACUACUCAUACCAAGGAAGCAGAGAUGAAAAACGGUAAACUGGUGGCCCCCGAGGGAUGUGUCGAUCCGUAUAAUGGGGAGAAACAUGAACUCGGAGAGGCAUGGAACACAAUCGAUUGCUUGAAGUGUGAAUGUGGGAAGGAAGAAGUCGAGUGCUGCCUCAGAUACCCUGCCGUUACGUCAUUUCCCGGAUGCGCUGUCACUUUAGAUUCGGAAAAGUGUUCUUACCUCGUGCACGAAAUUGGGGACCCUUCAAAGCCAUGUACCCCAGAAGCUUAAAGGAAAGUUGAAUAAAUGAUACAGCCAAACCAA